CCACCAACCAAUGUUUAGACCAUAAUUUUCUACCUAAUCCCAUAUUUCCUAUCCCUGAAAUCAUGACAGCAAACACAAGCAGUAUCAGUAGCCUGUCAAACUACAACCGUGAUAAAGAACUGCAAGAGUUUGAUAACACGAAACUCGGUGUAAAAGGCCUGGUUGAUUCAGGCAUAAUACAAAUCCCUCGCAUCUUCCACCACCCACCAGAUACUUUGUUUCACCUCAGCAACACUGAUAGCAGUUCAGAACAGGAUCAGACGAUACCUGUUAUCGACCUCUUGAGUAAGCAAGCAGAGAUUGUGCAGAGUAUCAGAGAUGCAUCAGCUAAGUUUGGAUUCUUUCAGGUGAUCAACCGUGGAAUUUCAGUCUGCCUCCUUGACCGCCUGCUCGACAGAAUUAAGGCCUUCCAUGAACUGCCACCUGAGCAGAAGAUCCCUCAUUACAGAAGAGAUACAACUACUUGCAGCAGUGGUGGAGUGGGAUUUUACUCUAACUUUGACUUGUUUCAAUCUGAUGCUGCCAGUUGGAGGGAUACUCUUGAGAUUCGGCUGGAACAAUUUGAUCCCAAAGCUCUCCCAGAAGUAUGCAGGGAGGAGGUGAUAGAGUGGGACAAGGAAGUGAAGCAGCUAGCAAAGCGACUCAUGAGGUUAUUGUCCGAAGGUUUGGGGUUAAGCAGGAACAGAUUACUGCAGAUGUCCUGCAUCGAAAGAAGACUUAUGGUCGGCCAGUAUUAUCCACACUGUCCUGAGCCUAACAAGACUGUUGGGAUCACUGCACAUACAGAUCUUGAGACUUUGACAAUAUUGUUGCAGGAUCAAUGUGGAGGUUUGCAAGUUAACUGCCAUGGAAAAUGGAUUGAUGUGAAGCCAGUUCAUGGUGCUCUUGUUAUAUCCAUUGGUGACACACUUCAGAUGAUAUGCAAUGACGAAUACAAGAGUGGAGAACAUCGUGUAUUUGCUAAUUGUUUAAGUGAACCAAGAGUGUCUGUUGCAGUCUUCUUUGAUCCAGGCAUCAGUGGAAUCGAGUAUGGACCUUUGCCUGAGUUAGUUUCACAGGAAAAACCUGCAUUGUAUCAACAGGUCAAAUUCUCCGAUGUGCUUAACAAGGGCUUGGAUACAGGGCUAGAAGGCGAGGGCAAGUACACAAUCAACUACUUUCGACUAUGAAUCGGCAUGUUUGAUUGAAAACUAGACACAUGUACAUAUAAAUGUAGUUCUCUUAUGUUAGAAACAAGUAUUAAUUGUCUAGUGUACUCCAUAAGUUCAUACUUAGUAUAAAUAUAUGUUGCAAACUUUAUAAUAUAAUACAAGUAUAAAAUUGCAUAAUAACCCUACUAUUUAGUCAAUU